GAAGAGCCGGGGAGGCGGGAGGGAGGCGGCGGCCGCGGCGGCUGCUGCUGCUGCUGCUGCUGUGAGGCAGGUGGCGGAGACCCGCGGCGUCCCAGGCGAUUGAAUCAAGAGACCGAGUUCUCUGUAGAAACACCACAUUUGUACGGAUGAUUGGGGAAAGAUAGUGGCACCAGCGAGGGAGAGCGCCGACCUUCCAGGACAAUGAGUAUGCUAAAACCCAGUGGGCUGAAGGCCCCUUCCAAGAUCCUCAGGCCUGGGAGCACAGCCUUGAAGACAUCUGCCGCUGCUGCAGCUCCAGUGGAGAAGACACCGGCCAGUGAGAAAGCCGCAGGCCCUCCAUCCUCAGAGACCCAGGAAGAGUUUGUGGAUGACUUUCGAGUUGGAGAACGAGUUUGGGUGAAUGGGAAUAAGCCCGGAUUUAUCCAGUUUCUCGGGGAAACUCAGUUUGCACCAGGCCAGUGGGCUGGGAUUGUUUUAGACGAACCCAUAGGAAAGAACGAUGGUUCUGUGGCAGGCGUCCGGUAUUUCCAGUGUGAACCUUUAAAGGGGAUAUUCACCCGACCUUCCAAGUUAACAAGGAAGGUGCAGGCAGAAGAGGAAGCCAAUGGCCUGCAGACAGCGCACGCAAGAGCUGCUUCGCCUCUGUCCACGGCUGCGGCCACCGCAGUGUCCUCUUCUCCAGCCACGCCCUCGAGUAUUCCCCACAAACCGUCCCAUUCAACAGCAAAAGAAACUGGGACUCCGUCUCAAAUCAGCAACCUUACGAAAACUGCCAGCGAGUCAAUCUCCAACCUUUCAGAAGCUGGCUCUGUCAAGAAAGGAGAGCGGGAACUCAAGAUCGGAGACAGGGUGUUGGUCGGCGGCACUAAGGCUGGUGUGGUCCGGUUUCUUGGAGAGACUGACUUUGCCAAGGGGGAAUGGUGCGGUGUGGAGUUAGACGAGCCUUUGGGGAAGAACGACGGUGCUGUGGCUGGAACGAGGUAUUUUCAGUGUCAGCCCAAGUAUGGAUUGUUUGCUCCUGUCCACAAAGUGACAAAGAUCGGCUUCCCUUCCACUACGCCAGCCAAAGCCAAAGCCGCCGCUGUGAGGCGGGUGAUGGCCACCACGCCUGCCAACCUCAAGCGCAGCCCGUCCGCCUCCUCUCUCAGCUCCAUGAGCUCUGUGGCCUCCUCCGUGAGCAGCAAGCCCAGCCGAACAGGACUAUUGACCGAAACCUCCUCCCGCUACGCCCGCAAGAUCUCGGGCACCACUGCCCUCCAGGAGGCCUUGAAGGAGAAGCAGCAGCACAUUGAACAGCUGCUGGCUGAGCGAGACCUGGAGCGGGCCGAGGUGGCCAAGGCUACCAGCCACGUGGGGGAGAUAGAGCAGGAGCUAGCCCUGGCCCGGGAUGGGCAUGACCAGCAUGUCCUGGAACUGGAGGCCAAGAUGGACCAGCUGCGAACGAUGGUAGAAGCUGCCGACAGGGAGAAAGUGGAGCUCCUCAACCAGCUAGAAGAGGAGAAAAGGAAGGUUGAGGACCUUCAGUUCCGCGUAGAAGAAGAAUCAAUCACCAAAGGCGAUCUUGAGCAAAAGAGCCAGUUUUCUGAAGACCCUGAGAAUACGCAGACCAAACUGGAGCAUGCCCGCAUUAAGGAGCUUGAACAGAGCCUGCUCUUUGAAAAGACCAAAGCUGACAAACUCCAGAGGGAGUUAGAAGACACUAGGGUGGCUACAGUAUCAGAAAAGUCCCGAAUAAUGGAACUAGAAAAAGACCUAGCAUUGAGAGUACAGGAAGUAGCUGAGCUCCGAAGAAGGCUAGAGUCCAGUAAACCUCCCGGGGAUGUGGAUAUGUCUCUUUCUCUUUUGCAAGAAAUAAGUGCUUUGCAAGAAAAGCUAGAAGCCACACGUACUGACCACCGGAGUGAGGUGACUUCUCUGAAGGACCACUUUGGAGCUCGGGAAGAGACAUUUCAGAAGGAGAUCAAGGCUUUGCACACUGCCACUGAAAAGCUUUCCAAAGAGAACGAGUCCUUAAGAAGCAAGCUUGACCAUGCCAACAAGGAAAAUUCAGACGUGAUAGCUCUGUGGAAGUCUAAGCUGGAGACCGCCAUUGGAUCCCACCAACAGGCAAUGGAGGAGCUGAAGGUAUCUUUCAGUAAAGGAAUUGGAACAGACUCAGCCGAAUUUGCUGAGUUAAAGACACAAAUCGAGAGACUGAGACUAGACUAUCAGCAUGAAAUAGAAGCUUUACAGAAUAAACAGGACUCUGAGCGGUCUGCUCACGCUAAAGAGAUGGAGAACCUGAAGACCAAGCUGAUGCAAAUCAUUAAGGAGAAGGAGGACAGCUUGGAGGCUAUUAAAUCGAGACUGGACAGUGCAGAAGACCAGCAUCUAGUGGAAAUGGAGGACACGUUAAACAAACUGCAGGAGGCGGAAAUAAAGGUAAAGGAGCUAGAGGUUCUGCAAGCCAAGUACAAUGAACAAACCAAGGUCAUUGAUAAUUUUACAUCACAGCUCAAGGUUGUCGAAGAAGAGCUCUUGGAUCUUGAUGCGCUUCGGAAAGCCAAUUCCGAAGGUAAAUUGGAAAUCGAGACACUUAGACAGCAGCUUGAGGGAGCUGAAAAGCAGAUUAAAAAUUUAGAGAUUGAAAGGAACGCUGAAAGUGGCAAGGCUAAUAGCAUUACCAAAGAGCUCCAGGGAAAAGAGCUAAUGCUCGGUAGCCUGCGGGACACUCUGAGUGAAGUCAGUCAAGUGAAGGAGACUUUGGAAAAAGAACUCCAGACUUUGAAAGAAAAGUUUGCUGGUGCUUCAGAGGAGGCAGUCUCUGUUCAGAGAAGUAUGCAAGAUACUGUCAAUAAACUGCACCAAAAGGAGGUAGAGUUUAACACGUUGUCUUCUGAGCUGGAGAAGUUGAGAGACAAUUUAACAGAUAUGGAGGCAAGAUGUAGAGAGAAGGAUGAAAGAGAGCAGCAGCUGGUAAAGGCAAAGGAAAAACUAGAAAACGACAUUGCAGAAAUGAUGAAGAUGUCAGGAGAUAACUCUUCUCAGCUGACAAAGAUGAAUGACGAGUUACGUCUGAAGGAAAGGUCUGUGGAAGAACUGCAGCUAAAACUUACCAAGGCUAAUGAAAAUGCAAGUUUGCUGCAGAAAAGUAUCGGGGAGGUGACUCUUCAAGCUGAACAGAGCCAGCAGGAAGCAGCUAAAAAGCACGAAGAGGAAAAGAAAGAGCUGGAGGGGAAGUUGUUGGAACUGGAGAAGAAGGUGGAAACAAGCCACACCCAGUGUCAGGACCUGAGAGCCAAGUAUGAAAAAGCCAGUUCUGAGACAAAAGCACAGCAUGAAGAAAUCCUGCAGAACCUGCAGAAGAUGCUGGUGGACACAGAGGAGAGACUGAAGGCUGCUCAGGAGGCCAACAGAGAUCUGAUGCAGGACGUGGAGGAACUGAAAACACAGGCCAACAAAGCCAAAGCUGCUCAGAGUGCAGAAGAUGCCAUGCAGAUCAUGGAACAAAUGACCAAAGAGAAGACGGAAACGCUGGCCUUCUUGGAGGACACCAAGCAAACCAAUGCAAAACUUCAGAGCGAAUUGGACACACUUAAAGAAAACAACUUGAGAAAUGUGGAAGAGCUGAACAAAUCAAAAGAACUUCUCAAUGAAGAGACUCAAAAGAUGGAAGAAUUCAAGAAAGAAAUAGAAACCCUAAAGCAGGCAGCCGCUGAGAAGUCCCAGCAGCUUUCAGCAUUGCAAGAAGAGAACGUCAAACUUGCCGAGGAACUGGGGAGAACGCGGGACGAAGUCACAAAUCAUCAAAAGCUGGAAGAAGAAAGAUCUGUACUCAAUAAUCAGUUGUUAGAAAUGAAAAAGAGAGAAUCCGAGUACAUAAGAGACGCCGAUGAAGAGAAAGCUUCUUUGCAGAAGUCCAUCAGUCUCACCAGUGCCUUGCUCACAGAGAAGGACGCCGAGCUGGAGAAGCUGAGGAAUGAGGUCACGGUCCUCCGCGGAGAGAAUGCCUCUGCCAAGUCCCUGCAUUCAGUUGUGCAGACACUGGAGUCUGACAAGGUGAAGCUUGAACUCAAGGUCAAGAACUUGGAGCUGCAACUCAAGGAGAACAAGAGGCAGCUCAGCAGCUCCUCAGGUAACACUGAUGCCCAGGCGGAAGAGGACGAGAGAGCCCAGGAGAGUCAGCAAAUGAUUGAUUUCCUGAAUUCAGUAAUAGUGGACCUUCAGAGAAAGAAUGAAGAUCUCAAGAUGAAGGUGGAGAUGAUGUCUGAAGCCGCGCUGAAUGGCAAUGGGGACGACCUCCACAGUUACGACAGCGACGAGCCGGAGAAACAAUCCAAGAAGAAACCCCGCCUCUUCUGUGACAUUUGUGAUUGCUUUGACCUCCACGACACAGAGGACUGCCCCACCCAGGCACAGAUGUCGGAAGACCCUCCGCAUUCCACGCACCAUGGCAGCCGGAGCGAGGAACGACCAUACUGUGAGAUCUGUGAGAUGUUUGGGCACUGGGCCACCAACUGCAAUGAUGACGAGACCUUCUGAGGGGCCUCAAGGGCGGGACCGGGCUUCCGCAGACUCCGGCAUCUCGGCGGCCUCCCACCAGCGUUGUGUGCAACUUCAGAAGAACUCGUUAUUUUUUGAAAAUAUUUUGAUCUUCAGCACAUUUCCCCUCAUAAGUUCAAAUAAUAAAUGUUUGGUAGGUGGGCUUUCACUUCCAUCUUCAUUUUCUGGAUUUUUAAGAUUUAAGACUUUGCACCAGGUGCCAUUACUUUUUUGUUCCUAGAGAAACAUCGUGGGACAAGCUGGACCCUGACAAUAUCUUAUUUAAGAAACUUUAAAUUAUGCCGUUAUUUCUCAUAUUUGCACUAAGGUAUUUCCUGGCUACAUCUGUAUAUUUAGGGUUUUUGUUGUUGUUAUUGUUGUUGUUGUUACGCUUUGACACUGGAAUGAGUUGCAAAAAAAAAAAUGUGCCACUUUGCAUUUUCAUGUGCUCAUUUAAAUAAUUUCAUUCCUAAAUAUCCAAGCUCUCCGCACGCACUACCUGCUCCCAGUAGUGCCUUUUCCCAGGCUUGACAAUACACAGGUGUGACUAUAAAUCAUGAAACAGAGAAAAGGGAGGGGAGCCCCAAACUGCUGUGGGGACAUUUUAUAUAAUCUGUAUGCUGCACCCACAGACCCAACAGUGGUGUUUUCUUCAUUGGUUUUACAUAAUUUCAACCUCUAUAUAUUAUAUGUGUAUAUAUAUAUAUAUAUAUUUUUAAAAAUCUAUAUUUUGGGAAAAAAGUAUAUACAAUGUGUCUUUUCAGAUUUUUUUACUUUUAUGAAAAAGAAAACACCUGAAAGGAUCAUCAGGAUGUGGCUGACUAGGCCAGGAACAGCCUCUGCAGCUUUCUAAUUGUUGUCCCCAUCUGUAUGUCGUUUCUUAACCAGCUGUGAGCAGCUGGAAGGGCUGCCUCCAGCUGUUUGGUUUUGUUUCCCUUCUUCUGCAGACAACCCCGGUAGCGGACUAAGCCACUGCAGCAGCUAAGCUAACUGAUCUACAGCCCUCCUUUAUAUGUUUGGGGGUUGUUUUUUUUUUUUUUUUUUUUUUUUUUUUUUUUUUUUUUACUGUAUUUUUUAAUGAAUGUAUGAUGAGAAAUUCAACAUGAAUAAUUUUGAAUUUUCUUAUCACAAAAAGAUAAAACGAAGGACCUCAACAUACAAAAGAGUUUUAUCAGCCAGUCUGAGUCUGUCUUCACUUGAAUGUUUUUGAGAAUAUGUAAAAAGGAAUUAAAUGCCCCUUCAUGUGGCGUGCAUGAUAAGAACUUCCGUCUUUGUGUAUAUAAGCCUUUGCCAUACUCCCCCCUCAAGAUUAUCCACCGUGCGUGACGAGUGAAUAUUAAACAAAUCUGUUACCAGUUGACAUUGGUCAAUAAAACCACAGGAAUUACUUCACAAACAAAAUAUGUAAAGCAGUAUUAAAAUCUGAGUUCUGUAUCUACUUUAAUAAAUAGGUUCCGUUGUUUGGAUUUUCUGCCAGCAGUAGCAAACACA